AUGUCUCGACCCAGUCCAAUGCCGGGAGCGGCCCCUUACUAUGUCAUCGACGACGACGACGACGACGUCCAGAUUAUAGGGGUUAAUAACUUGAAUCCCCAGGCUGCCGAUGGAUUCAGGCUCGGCGAGUAUCGUCUUGAUGCUACAGCCGUCGACAUGACGCCCAGGACUUUUUAUCAAAACUACAAUACUAGCUACUUGGGGCAACCUCUCUAUCAUGGCUAUCUCGGAAACCAACAGAUGGCGGCCGCAGCACCACCUGUGGCCCUCGAAGGAAUCUCUACCGCCGAGCCCCUUCAGGGUGCCUAUCAGCCUUCGUCUCGUCACUGUUCAGCUAUCUCAGAGCCUGUCUCUGCCUACUCUUCCUCCUCUGGAGAGACCACUGGGUCUGAAUCCGAGCCUGUCCCUAAGGUAGAGACCAGCAAGGCUGCAUGGACUGGAAUGGCAUAUGGCAAUAUCCUUAGUGUCCUAGUUGGUCCUAAGAACUGCGAGUUUCCGGAUCAACCUACGCAACUACCACCAUCUUUUUUUAGUGAUUUGGCAAAUACUCUGGUUAUAAGUUUCCCGUUCGAACAGUUCGCUUCCAAGGCACGGCUGUACUAUUGA